UGGGUUUCGUUUUCCGUGUUUGUAAACAGAAACAGUUUGCCCAGCUCAGCUGACCACCUCUCCGGACUAUUUAAACAGCGCAUCGGAAAACUGCGUCAUUCACAGGGCGAGCAGCGGGUGUGAUAGAGUUCGUCUGGCCUAAAGAUGCUUCUUUCUUCACUUUUCGCAUCUCCCAGGGUGCUUUUGCAGCUCUGCGUCAGCACCAUCCAUUGCAUGAUUGCGAGUUUCAUCUCAGUUGUUCUGUACUGGACGAGAGGAGCUUGUGUUGGAGGAAACUCUGCAGCUGGAUACAAGCUGCAGCAACGCGUCACCACUCCAACGAGUGUAAACUAUCACUUUACGCGCAAAUGCAACUAUAAAUGUGGGUUUUGUUUCCACACUGCAAAGACAUCCUUCGUGUUGCCUAUUGAGGAAGCAAAGCGAGGACUCAGCCUGCUGAAGGAAGCAGGUAUGGAAAAGAUUAACUUCUCUGGAGGAGAGCCCUUCUUGCAUGAGAGGGGAGAGUACCUCGGGGAGCUGGUUCAGUACUGUAAACUGGACCUGCAGCUCCCAAGUGUCAGUAUCGUCAGCAAUGGAAGCAUGAUCAAAGAAAAAUGGUUCCAGAAAUAUGGGGACUACUUGGACAUCCUAGCCAUCUCCUGUGACAGCUUUAAUGAGGAAACCAAUCAAACAAUUGGCAGAGCUCAAGGCAGGAAGAGCCACGUCGAUAGCCUCUACAAGAUCCGUAACUGGUGCCAGCAGUAUAAAGUGGCGUUCAAAAUCAAUUCUGUCAUCAACACAUUCAACAUUGAUGAAGACAUGACAGAGGAGAUAAACCGCCUCAACCCGGUCCGCUGGAAGGUGUUCCAGUGUCUGUUGAUCGACGGGGAGAACGCGGGAGAGAAAGCCCUGAGAGAGGCGGAGAGAUUUGUGAUUAGUGACCAACAGUUUCAGGAGUUCCUGGACAGACACAGCAGCGUUUCCUGCCUUGUUCCAGAAUCUAACGAGAAGAUGAGGAACUCCUACCUGAUCCUGGAUGAGUAUAUGCGUUUCUUGGACUGUCGUGAAGGAAGGAAAGACCCAUCAAGAUCAAUCCUUGAUGUUGGUGUGAAGGACGCCAUUUGCUUCAGUGGCUUUGAUGAGAAAAUGUUUUUUGUAAGGGGUGGGAAGUAUAUUUGGAGCAAAGCUGACAUGAAGUUGGAAUGGUGAAAUUCUGCCAAUCCCUUUCGCAAAUUCGCUAAAUGUUUGCACACAUUAUGAAUGUUUGUAUAUUUAUAAAUAUGCUUCUAACGUACUUUGCUGCUUGUUUACUGGUGUAAAAAUACUAUAUGUUAUAUUACAAGUUUUACAUAUGAAAGGUAUUGUAAAUAAAAGUGAAACUUUGUUUGCUGAAAUCUAUUAUGAUACUGAAUUUCAGGAUGUUCCAUAAAGCAAAAACAUUAAAGUUUAUUUCUGCCAUGACCCUUUUCUGCCGUGAUUUUAGAGAUUAUCCUGACAAGCCCCGACCUGACUAAAUAUUUUUGUAUUAAAGAAUAGGAAAUGCGGAGAAUUAAGGUGGUCAUUGGCUUUUGUAACAUGAAUUAUUGUGAAAUAACUAGAAUAAUGACCUGAUCUCAUUCAGUCAGAAUCAAUCAUGACUCCAGGGUAUGGACUCAUUCUUUUAGUCAGCACAGCACAAACACCCAUCAGAUAUCUCAAUCCAAACAAUACUAAGAUGUUUAUUGCCCUGUUGCUCAGAGAAUGUCGGUAUUUUUCUGUUGUGGUAACCUGGCAACGUUGAUUGCAUCUAUUAUAAGUUUAA